AUGGGGGUCGCAACUGAGAAGACAAGGAAACCAUUCUUCGGGCUGACCGGCGGAUGGCUCACCUUCUGGGUAACAGUCGCUUGUGCGACUGACAUGACCCUCUUCGGGUACGAUCAGGGCGUUUUCAGUGAGUUCAUCGAAGGCGGCGUUGUGAUUACCAAGGAUUUCCUCGAGCUUCACGAUCUUGUUGGCCCGACUAAAACGAAAACACUAUCUACUGUCACCGCAAUUUACGACGUCGGAUGUUUCUUCGGGGCGAUUUUUGCAUUUACAAUUGGCGAACGACUGGGGAGAAAGAAGACCAUUAUGAUGGGCACGACUAUAAUGGCAGUAGGUGCUAUCCUUCAGGCAACAUCCUUUAGUCUACCGCAAAUGUUUGUUGGCCGUAUAAUUGUAGGCAUUGGAAAUGGUGUCAAUACCGCUACGGCUCCAGUUUGGCAAACCGAAACAUCACAGAUUAAAUGGCGCGGCAAACUGGUGAUUUUCGAGAUGAUGAUGAACAUUGCGGGCUAUUGUAUUGUCAAUUGGAUCAACUACGGCCUUUCCUUUGCAGGUGGCGCUGUAGCAUGGCGAUUUCCUCUUGCAUUCCAAUUUUUCUUCUUCAUUAUUCUCUGGUCUACAACUCCAUGGCUUCCAGAGUCACCACGCUGGCUUCUGGCCCACGGAAGGGAGGAAGAGGCUAUCGAGGUGAUCAGCUGUCUCGAAGCUAAGCCUCAGGAUGAUCCAUUUGUAAUUGCCCAGGUUAAUGAGAUUGAAUUCACCCUUCGCUAUGAACGUGAAAAUUCCGUGCGAUGGCGGGAUCUCAUGAAAAAGCGGGAGAAUGACACGAAGACUCUGCGACGACUACUCCUCGGCGCUGGAAGUCAGUUCAUGCAGCAGUUUGGUGGGAUCAACAUUAUGUCUUAUUACCUUCCGACAGUCCUUGAAAAGUCUGUUGGCCUUGAAGAAAGCAUGGCUCGUCUAUUGACGGCCUGUAAUGCGAUCUCCUAUCUCAUAUUCGCCGGACUUGCAGUGCUCCUAGUAGAACGAGUUGGUCGCCGUGGAUUGAUGAUUCUCUCCACAUCGGGCCAAUUUUUGUGCUUCCUGAUAAUUACGAUUCUGCUUCGAUUUUCAGAGGUUUCCGACAACGGCAAGGCCUGGGGUUCGGCGUCUGUGGCUUUUUUCUUUCUGGUGAUUAUCUCCUUGUUUAUAUACUGCUGGAAUUUCUCCGAUGAUAUAUUGUACUCACUUUACGGCUUGCAGUUUCAUGGGAGCUUUGGAAUUGGAAUGCUUGGCGUUCCCUGGUUAUAUCCAACUGAGAUCAACUCGUUACCUAUGAGAACAAAGGCCGCAGCAGUUGCUACUGCGACAGAUUGGAUAACAAAUUUUGUUAUUGUGGAAAUUACACCGAUAGGUAUCCAAAAUAUUGGGUGGAAAUUCUGGAUUGUUUGGACUGUGACAAACGCAUUUUUUCUCCCCAUCCUAUAUUUCAUUUACCCCGAAACAGCCAAUCGAAGCCUCGAAGAUAUUGAUGCAUACUACCGCACCGACCCUUCUCUCAUUGUUGUCAGAGACCCCGAUGCCAUCUCUAGGAGACGGCCUCAAAAGUACAUCGAUCGCGAGUUCGAAGAAAUUGAGAGGACUGCUGGUAAAAGUGUUCCGCCAGUGACCACAACACAUGUGGAGUGGGGCAAUGAAACAAACGCAGAAGCAAUCGACUAA